UGCACCCCGGUAAUGUUUUUUCUAGUGAACGUUUAUAAAAGCUACUUAAAUGCCCUAGUUGCACAAAGACCUAAUCCUAGCUUAGGCUAAGCCCUGUCUGUGAAACCGGGCCCAAGUGUGGCAAAACUGUCCAAUUCUUUCACAGGGUCUUGCAACCAGAAGUCAAAAAGAUUUACAGAUGUAUGUUCAGUGCUUUACCACAAAACAGAACAAAAACCUCACCUUGGGUUGACAAUUCAUAACAUUACAAAUGAACGCUGACCUAGAGAUGGCAUCACAGUGCACACUAGCUGUUCACAAGCAGAGUAUCAGUGUGGUAAGGUGCUCCUCUCUGUUGCACUCUUUGUCUCGUUGAGGCGUGAGUGAUUAAGCUUGCGUUAGGAGUCAUUAUCUGAGUGUUUGCACAGCUCCAUCUGUCCUGAAUGGGCCCAGAGGGUAAACAACAAACGUAAUACAGGAUACACUUGCACAAGAGACUCAAGGCCUUUUCAUAGUCAAACACACACACACACACACACACACACACACACACACACACACGCGCCAGUGCCAUUCACUUCCCCCUAAAUCUCCACUGACUAAUUUAAACAUCCUCAUCACAGUUAGAGGAGUAACUUGUGGCAUCUUGCUGGUAUUUUUUUUUUGACUAACAUGAAUUUUCAUUGUGUUGAUCUGUUAAGCCAUUAUAGUAUGCCUAACCCGUGUAUCAUCACAUUUGUUAUUCAAUUUAGGGUGGAUACCAUGUUAUAGUUUAAGACUCAUUAAGUGAUUAAAAGCUCAAUGUCACAAUGAUAUGAAUGACACAGUUUAUAUCAAAAUGAUAGAUAGAUAGAUAGAUAGAUAGAUAGAUAGAUAGAUAGAUAGAUAGAUAGAUAGAUAGAUAGAUAGAUAGAUAGAUAGAUGGGGCAGUUCUUUUCACACAGAUGAUUGUCUGUCAGUGGCCCCUGGUAAAAAGGGGUUGGGGCCUGAAAGUUGUGGGCGUGUCAUUGCGGGUGGAGUAUUUUCACUCCACUGAACCUCUACGGAGUGAGUAAUUACUGGCUCGGCAGCCAACAGAGGGAACACACGCUCUGCCACACAGAAAAAUACAUUCUCAACAAAUUAGUAAAAGAGUUUAGUCUGGAAUUGUGGAGUUUAUACAUGUUAAAGUGCGUGAAAGGACUCCAGUGGACUGCUGGGAAACACACUGAAGGAAAUGGCAGGAAGCACCUGAAACCUGUUGCCCUGAGCACUAGUGCGAAAGCAGAUAAGAAAGGAAACCGACGCUUAAAAUGUUACUUUGUUACAAAGUAUCUGCGGGAAAUGAACUUUCGACCUUAACACGGUUUACUUGGUGAAUGAUUGACCAUUCAGUCCACGGUUGCGCGUGCUUUUCCACGCCCGUGUUUAGAAUCAUGGUCUGUUUGAAAUGCACUCACACAGUUGGAAGAAAGUGUCCUCGGGAUCUGGAAUGAAACUUCUCUGUGAUUUACAACCUUGUGGACUGUGGACAUGCUGCUGGAGCAAUUAAGGUUUCCUUUUGGGAUUUCUUCUUUCCGAAACGCAGCAAUAAAUUAAAAAAGAAAGAAAGGAAGGAAGGGGGGGAAACCUGAGCUGAGAAAAUACUCAAGAAUUGAAAUUCAUAGUUUUCCAGUAUGAGGAAACCUACAGAUAAGCAUCAUUUCACCAUGGAGACCUCUGGGAUGCACCUGGUCGGAUUUUGGCUUCACGUUCUGCUGCUGCUGCUGCAACUGUCUCGGCUCGGCGAUGCUGCCUCUAAGGAUAUAGUGUGCGAGCCCAUCACCGUACCGAUGUGCAAAGGGAUCGGAUACAAUCACACCUACAUGCCCAACCAGUUCAAUCAUGACACCCAGGAUGAAGUCGGCUUGGAAGUGCACCAGUUUUGGCCACUUGUCCGAAUCCGUUGCUCCCCGGACUUGCUUUUCUUCCUGUGCAGUAUGUACACCCCAAUCUGUCUUCAGGACUACAAAAAACCUUUACCGCCUUGCAGGUCUGUGUGCGAGAGAGCUAAAAGGGGUUGCUCCCCCCUCAUGAUCCAGUAUGGUUUUGAGUGGCCAGAGCGGAUGAGUUGCGAGCAGCUGCCCAUGUUGGGUGACACCGAUCGGCUUUGUAUGGAUAGAAACAGCACUGAGACUACAACUUUAUCACCUCCUUUCUCCAAACCCACUCCUAAGGGAACACCACGACAUAGAGCCACUGCAAAAUCCGCUCCGCCACAGAAGUGUGAACGUGACUGCCGUUGCCGAGACCCCCUGGUGCCCAUCAAAAAAGAAGCGCAUCCUCUCCAUAACCGUGUACAUACUGGCUCUUUACUCAACUGUGCUUUGCCCUGCCACCAACCUUACUUUUCCCCUGAUGAGCGUACCUUCACAACCUUCUGGAUCGGACUGUGGUCGGUGCUGUGCUUUGUCUCGACGCUAACCACCGUGGCCACUUUCCUCAUUGACAUGGAGCGUUUCAAAUAUCCAGAGCGGCCGAUUAUCUUCCUUGCUGCCUGUUAUCUGUUUGUGUCGCUGGGGUACAUCGUGCGACUGCUCGCGGGCCACGAGCGAGUAGCUUGCGAGGGCUCCGGCGAUCAACAGCACAUCCUCUACGACACCACGGGUCCGGCCCUUUGCACGCUGGUUUUCCUGCUCAUAUACUUCUUUGGAAUGGCCAGCUCCAUCUGGUGGGUGGUGCUUUCCUUCACCUGGUUCUUGGCGGCAGGAAUGAAAUGGGGUAACGAGGCCAUUGCGGGCUACUCUCAGUACUUCCAUCUUGCUGCUUGGCUCGUUCCUAGCGUCAAGACCAUCGCUGUCUUGGCUUUGAGUUCAGUAGAUGGAGACCCUGUGGCUGGGAUCUGUUACGUCGGCAAUCAGAGCUUGGAGAGCCUACGUGGCUUCGUAUUGGCACCUCUGGUCGUCUACCUCUUCACCGGCUCCCUCUUCCUGCUGGCUGGCUUUGUUUCCCUCUUCCGGAUCCGUAGUGUCAUUAAACAGGGCGGCACAAAGACAGACAAGCUAGAGAAGUUAAUGAUCCGGAUUGGGCUCUUCACCGUCCUGUACACGGUGCCCGCAACUAUCGUGGUAGCAUGCCUGGUGUACGAGCAACAUUACAGGCCAGGUUGGGAGCGGGCGCUGGCCUGUUCUUGCCCAUCCGAGCGCCAGCGGCUCGGCAUGGGCCCGGACUAUGCCGUCUUCAUGUUGAAGUACUUCAUGUGUCUUGUAGUAGGCAUUACCUCAGGUGUUUGGAUCUGGUCAGGGAAGACUCUGGAGUCCUGGAGGCGCUUUGUGGCACGGUACAUGCCCUGUAGGACCCGGAAGCCACCUGUAUCGGGCUCGUCCAUGUACAGCGAGGCCAGUACCGCUCUCACAGCCCGAGCUGGAACAGCACCCACUGGGACCUAUCACAAAUCGGCACCCUCAUCACAUGUCUGAACAUUAGCCAGGAACCCCUGAUCCUUUAUAAACCCUACAACAGUGACGCAUGAAGUGUGCAGGUCAUGACUCUAAAUGAGCAGGUGUCUAUUCGACCUUCCACCAACAUCACCAGAUUUGAUGGACGGCAUGAAUAUAAUAUUAUGAAGGAUUUUUACAGACUAUUGGUUGUUUUGUUGUAAUCAAGCUCUUUUCAUUCACUGGUCUAAUUUAAAAAGCAAUGAACAUGUCGAUACUUUGUGAGGAAAAAAUUUCAACUUAAAAUUGUCGCAAACAUCUUAGCUGUUGUCUGUGGCUUUUAGAUCAUGAAUGAUGGAAAAAAAGAUCUGAGGUUAGUACUUGAUAUGAGUCAAGACAAAUUGAUGAGUUUUUGGAGAUAUUUUAUUUAUUUGUGUAUUCUUGUAAAUAUGCUAUUCAAGAACGUUGUGAUAUCUCAGAGUCGCUCUGUUGUGUUUGUGACUUUAUCGGCAUUUUACAGGAUGUGGGUAUGUUUUGUUCCAUCAUUUUAAAUAACAUCUCAAGUCGUCUAAUUUACAAAUGUGUUUUAGGUUGGACGUGAGUAGAUGCUUUUCUGCGCUCUCUGUAAGCAACACUGUUCCAGCUUAGUGAAUUAUAGUGAAGCAGCAGUUCUACAUCGGUUCAUGCUCACCGUAUAUUCUUCAGGGUCCCUCAACAGCCCCUUACCAGGUUGUGUUUCAAAGAUUGUCAAGCUAUCUGUCCACUGAUAAUAGAUUGUUGGUUAGCAUCUAUUAGGCAGUGUUAAAUGAUAGGAUGUGUAUGUACCAUCUAUAGACUUGUUUGGAAAGUCUGUAGCUCUAUAAUGUGAGCUUGACUUCCCUCUUGUGGUCAAAGGUUCAGGUGUUAACCAGCAGCCAUACUAGGUUUGUAAAGAAUACAUACAAAGUUUGUAAUAGAACUUGAAAGGCCAAAUAUUAACUGGUUUCAAAACAAUGUGGAACAUUAAUUUCUUCUGGUCUGUUUGAAAGACUUUUACUUACAUCAAUUUCCUUGUCGAGCCUCAUGAUCCUUUGGUAAUUUUGUUUGUCAUUUCACCUUAUUUGUGUUUUGAAUCAGAAAACCAGUGUUGGGUAUGCACUUUUAGCAGACAGAAUCUGUAAACCUGUGUUGGUUUUGUAGAUCUGUGUGAAAUCUUUCAGUGGAGCAUUAAUAUGUAAAUGGUUUCUGUUUACUGUCCAAGCUGUUGUAGAAAAAACUUUUCCUGUGUAGUCUUCAAAAUGCCUCACAAUUUUGCUGCAUGUCUGGUUGAGUGUACAUACUCGUUUGGCUCUAUUCAUAUGUAAAUCUUGUAGAAGACAUGUCCUUUUAAGAGUCCAGACUGCAACUUUGUACAUAUGUUUUGUAAAAGAUAUGAAAUUCAGUGAUACAAUUUUAAAGAGAUCCUUAGAUAUUUAUGAAACGUGUCUUUUACAUGUUUUUUUUUUUUUUGUUUCUCUUACUGGUAGAGAAUAAAAGUGAGGAGCAAUUUGUGAGCCUGCAA